UAUAAGUGUAUCCUAGAAUGGAAUAAUGUUAAUGAUGAGAAUGGAUGAGUAUGGGGACAGGACGGAGAAGCCUGAUAGGACUGAUAGAUCAUUAAAUGGGAUUUCACAGUGCAUGUAUUGCAGUGAUGCCCUGCAGAAAGCAGUAACUGCUCUGUAUGCGAAUAUUUUGGUUAUUCUUGGGUUCGCACUGCCUCUGGCGGAGAGCAUUGCAGUUAAUAUAUCAGAAGGAUACUAUCAACUGUUCUACGUAUACCUGUACCUUGGUAGUCUAUUGUUUCUUCUAUUUAUCUACAUAGACCUACUUCAAACAAGAAUUUUUUGGAGUUUGGCGCACAGUCAGUUUGGUGUAAGGUAUCAAACCAGUUUUACAUUUCUUGGAAUGUGUGUUUUCCUUUUUUUGAAACAAAUUAAACAAUUAAUUGGUUUUCUGAUCACAAGGUUUAAAAUUUUAAUAAACCUCAGUGAGAACUCGGAAGAAACGAGUGGAGACACAGUAGCAACAGAGCCCGAUGGAAUGCCCAGAUAUGAGAAGGAUUAUCCCUGCCAUACAACAUACGGAAGCUUCUAUCUACGGCUUGGAACAGUUUUAUUUGGAAUUGGAAGUCUAAUCUACACUGGUAUAGAGAUAGGAGGGAUUUUCGAGAUCGCCAUUAUGAAUGGACUAACACGAUGCGGAGACUUUAUAACGAUUGUCAGGGAACCUAUGUACUUUAUUUUUCUCAACCAAAAGAUGAACGUAUACAAGCACAAACUUGUUGGUCGGUUGGGACUGAUGCACAUGAUUGCCACAAAUCUGUGUGUUUGGCUAAAGGUUUUGAUUAUUGAGACAAGGCAUGAAAUAGAGUUGGCCCAUCAUAAAAAUACACAGAUGCUACAGAUCCGGAAUACAAGCCUGGAAUUUCCUGGACUAUUCACUAGCUCCAGAGCCAACCUGGUUUCCGAGGAUAGCCUCGAGAGUGUUGAGGAUGAUCUGCACGUUGAUCAACAUGAUAAUGAUCAUGAUCUUCACCUACAUCCAAAGGAUGCUGUUUGUUCAAACAAGAUAAUGUACAAACUGCUGGAGGACUCUUCGCCUUUUCUUUUCCCCUGCACCAUUGAGUUCAGUUUGAUCUGUGCUGCUGUACUGUUAUAUAUACAGUUUAUUAAAAAACCUAAUUUUUAUUUCAGACAUCAAACCUACAGCGUGGACUGCAGUCAUGCAAAUACUGGUUUAUUUUGUGGGAUUGUUGUUGUUGUUGUAACUAUCAUCAGUUUAAUCAUUUUCUUUGUAUUUAUCUCAAACGAGGAUCCUCAUACUAAACUCAUUGCAGUUCAGGUUGCUUCAAUAUCUGAACUGACACUAUACGGCCUAACAACAGUUGCAGUUCUCCUAGGGCUCUGCCAGAUGCGACGAUUAUGGUAUGAUGUAACUAGGAAACUGGAACUAGACAACUUAUUGUUAGUUAUUGCCCAAACAGGAGUUUUCAUUUACGCGGCAUUUUCAAUAAUUGGAACAUUUUUCCAGUUAGAACUACAUCUGAUAGCUUUCUUAGCGUCUCUUGCAACAUUAGUGCAGACGACAUUACAAACUAUAUUCAUCCUUGAUGCUUCUUGCAGGUUUGCCUACACAAGUCUACAAGUAAAGAACAAACCAGGAAGAGAAGUUGUAACAUUUUUGCUUGUUUGCAAUCUUGCAAUGUGGUUGAUGAAUACACUCGAAACUAAUAGAUCUGACUCACAUCCAAUACAGGUUGAGUUCUACGGAGGAGCUUGGGCUUGGCCAAUGAUAACUCAUAUAUCAAUGCCGUUGGCAAUUUUUUACAGGUUUCAUUCUACUGUUUGCUUGUUCGAGAUCUGGAAGAAAUCUUUCAAAUAUAAACCAACAAACAUCAAUUAUGUUUAGUCUCAGUAUUUUAUACUCAUUUUAUAUAAUAUCAACACCCUGAUAUUUAUACUCUACUGACUUUAUACAAUAUGUUGAUUGCCCUAUCUAUGAAAUGACCUUUCUAUGUAAUGUCCGGUCUACGAAAUGUAAAUUUUCUACGAAAUUUUCAUUCUAUGAAAUGUCCUAUCUAUGAAAGGUCUAUAUAUGAUUUGUCCAAACACUAUUCUUUUACGUGUUUCAUUUAUAAUUAUUUUUCAUUGGCGCUAAAUCAAAAAUAAAGUAAACAGGCUUUUUCUUACUUUGUAAUACCAGGCCAAAAAUUUACGUUUGAAUCUUGCAAUAUUUUUGUGAUCCAUUAAAAGACAAGCAUAUAUCUCUUCCAUCUUCUUCUAGUUUUCGCUCUUUUAUUAUAUUUUAAAGAACUGUUUUUUACACGAACAGUUUAUUGACAGAAUAGAUAUUUUACCAUAUUUUUUAGACAUUUAAUUUUUUUUUCAAGUUAAUGUUUUUUUUACACAACUUAACUAUAAAUAGCAAUACAGAACUAAGAAGAAAGGAAUAUGAUUUUACUGAAAGUACACCAACCCAUUGUUUACAAUAAAACAUGUUCUUAAGUUGUCCCACGAAACAUUACAGAUGGUGAAUAGUUUAAAAUGUCUUCUUCC